AUGAGUAUACAACUUGCCGAUCGACCCGUCAAAUAUCCACAAGGUGUCGCUGAAAAUCUAUUAGUCAAAGUCGAAAAUUUCGUAUUCUCGGCCGACUUUGUCAUACUAGACAUGGAAGAAGAUGCUGAAGUCCCUCUCAUCCUAAGGAGGCCAUUUCUAGCCACAGCACAAGCAGUGGUAGACAUGAAUGACAGAACACUAACAUUGAAGUUUGGGGAAGAGGAAGUAAAGUUUGGGGUUGGGAAAAGUGUAGAAGACGAAGAUCCGGUCCACUACAUGAAGUGGAUGACUUUGAAGAUGCUUGAAUGGUGUAUGUCGGAGAUGAUGCUUGUGGGUUUUGAAAUCGGUUGUGGUUCUAGUGUGGCAAAGGUGUAA